AUGGGCUUCAAGACUUUCCUGGCCUUGGCGACCCUGGGACUUGCGGCGGCGGAGAGUUCCGUUGUAUCGCUGUUCAUGGCCGGCUUCGGCUUCAACCCAGAAGAUCCACCGCAAUCCUUCACGGGCUCCAUUGUAGCAGUGACCGUAGUUGAUGCCGGCGACUGCGCAUACCUUACGGGGUUGCUAUAUACUGCUGGGCCUACGUUGGUUGAAUACGCGAUGGAGACUCCUUAUAACCAAUAUGGCACGGUACCCUGCCUCGUGGGCGAUAUUGCCCCCGAGUCUGUUGUCUGUGCGAUUGCCCGCGUAACCAUCACUGGUGGUGCUACUAAAACCCCGACUGGAUCAUCUGCUACGAAGACCGAUGAGUCUUCUCAGGCCACCAACUCUGGGGACUCUAUAUCGCAGACUGCUAACAAGGAAACCUCCACCAGCUUUGGUGGUUCUGCAUCGCAAACGGCGAGCGGAUCAGCCUCAGCCAGCACCGGCGGCAUACCCGGGAUUACCGCAGUUCCCGGGAUUGUUUUGAGUAGUGCAGCUGCAGCAUUUAUGGCGGCUGCUUGGUGA